AUGGGUCUUGAUAGCUUCCAUUACAACGCCGACCACCGGGUCAUAGCUUGCCGGGUCUGCGAGACAUGUCUGAUCCCGAAGCUAACAAGCUGGAAGAGCCACCUGCGGGCCGAGCCGCACCAGAUGAAAGGCGAGACGCUGCGAUCGACCGUUGAGCAGCUAUUGAGCUAUGAGCUGCGCCCUGUGGAAGAGCUGCGACAGUGGAGGCCUGACCGGAAAAGGCCAUGCCAGCCGGUAAAGGGUCUUGCCGUCUACGGAGGAUGCAUCUGUGCCGUUGAUAAAUGUGACUACUGCACGCGGCGCAUCGAGACAAUGCACGACCACACGCGAGUCCAUGGCAAGAAGGCAUCGCAGCAUACCAUCAAUGCGCCUAUCCCAGCUGCAUGGCGGAUACAGCUCUGA